AAAGCGUUGACCACCAUUGCCACGUAAAAUAGCGGUGCCGCCAUUUAUGUGACGGCGGUAAGCGGCGGUGAGUUCGGCGACAAAGAGUUCGCAACAUUUAUGUACGGUACUGAGGUACUGAGGCAUUUUCGGUGAGCUUUUUGUUUACAGUGACUCAAAACAUGAUGUGCUGGAGUAAAUGUUGCAUAAUGUGAAGAACAAAAACUACAGACAAGCCCAGCUGAAGCAAAAUCUGUGGUGUGAAAUCGGCGGUACACUUAAUAAAACAGAUGUUAACUGCAGCAAGAAGUGGGCCUUCAUAAGGGAUUAUUAUAUUAGAUGGCGAGGAAAACCUGACACUGGUUCCAGUGGUGAGGCAGCAAAGAAGAGGUCUGUUCUGUCAUUCUUAGAUGGCUUCAGUUCAUCAAAAAGAAGCACUGUUACCAAUGUUGUUGGAGAUGAGAAUAGUAAGGACAUAAAUACCAACAAGACUGGCUACGGAGGAGGAUACACAGGUUAACAACGAAGAAAGCGACAUCACCCAACAUGAGGAACUCUUGGAGGAAGGUGAGACGGAGAACAUUCGUAAUGAAAGGAGACAAAAUUUGGACAACACACAGCCACCAGAAAAAGAGGAAAAGGUCAUCGCAGUAUGAGGAACGAUUGCAGUUGCUUAAACAAAUAGCUCAGUUGCAUGUUGUAUCCCGGUGAUGGGACAGA